AUGGGUAGCGAUGAUGAAAUAUAUGAAGAAGAAAAUUUUCAAUGUGAACAUAUUAUUACGAGUCAUAAAAAAACAAUUUAUGGUAUUAGUAUUUGUCAACAAGCUUUACCAGAUGAAAGUGAAGAAGCAUUUUUAUUUGCUACAUGCGCUAUAAAUCAAGUUUGUAUUUAUAAAUAUACUGUCAUCGAUAGCAAAUCAUCUGUUCAGCUAAUUCAAAGUUAUUGUGAUUCAGACGUUAAGGAAUAUUUUUAUGAUUGUCAAUGGACCAUGUUUGGAAAUACGACAAUAUUAGCAGCCGCUGGAUUACGUGGUGUUGUAAGAAUUAUUGAUGUUGCUCGUCAAUGUCAUUUGAAACCGCUUCGUCAUUUAGGUAGUGUUAAUCAAAUUGCAUUUGCUGGCGGACAACCAACAUUGAUGGCUUCUGCAUGUUCUAAUUAUGCAGUUCUUUUAUGGGAUGCUGAAGCAGCUCUUUGUUUAGCGAGUUAUGUUGGACCUGAUCAACAUAAACAAGGCGUUCUUGCAGUGGACAUCAAUUUCAAUGGUACAUACAUCGUAUCCGGUGGUUUAGAUAAUAUUGUUUGUGUUUGGUCGACACAAGAUAAAGAAAUCAUGGAAAAUAUGGCUAUAGCUAAAAGAGGACCUUUGUUUACCGAAUUUAGACUAUCAACACCACAUCAUGUUUAUUUUUCGGCAUUUCAUUCAAGUACUUUGCAUGAACAUUAUGUUGAUUCCGUUAAAUGGUUUACUGACGAUAUUAUUGUUAGCAAGUCCGCUGAUCACGUUUAUUGCAUCUGGAAAUUUUGUUUCGGAGAAAAAGAACCGAAUAUUUUAUUUCGAUGGCAUCGAACAGAAAAAGCCGAUAUUAUAUUCGAUGUUCGACUUGGUUUAUCAGUUACUCGAAAAUUAAUGGCUAUUGGUCGCCGCGAUGGUUCAAUACUCAUUUGGAAUAUGACCACACUUCCUGAUCAUUUUAAAAUAUUUAUUAAUGAAACACAGUAUAACAAAGAUCAAACUAUUGAAUAUCUAACAACGUUUCCUAAUAAAUCGUACGAAAUGCCAUUAUUCCAAACACGUUAUAUCACAAUACGAGUAGAUUCAAAUGAUUUUCAACAUAAGAAACAGAAUAUUAGUAAUGUGAUUGGAUUUAAAUUACAAAUAAGAUCUACUGAUCCUAAAGUCAUCAAUCUUCGAAAAGAAUUUAUGAAGCCAACGGAAAAUGCCGAAACUAACAAUUCAAAUACUGUCCUAAUUGAAGAUUUAUAUAUCUUACCUCAUAAAAAUAGUCUUGGUCGUAUUUUUAAUGCAUAUCCUUCACCAACAUUAAUUCGCCUUAAUCAAAGUUCAAACAAUGAUCCGAAUAUUCAAGUGGCAUGUACAAUGAAAGGUACUACAAUGGGUUUAACAAAUUUAAUAUUUCAUUUGGAUAUAUUCUAUGAUGAUGAUACGUUAUUGUCACGCAUCUGGUCAGUAAAUGUUCUUGUAAUGCAGCCACAACGUAUUAUUGAUAAAUCAUUUUAUGUUAUCGUCCCAGCUGUAGUUAUUAGUACUUCAGUAUUAAUGGGUAUUUUACUUGAUUCAACAUUAAUAACUAGUAUUUUGAAAAAACCGAAACCCGUUAUUGUCGGUUUUGUUGCUCAGUACGGGUUAAUGCCUUUUAUAGCAAUGGCUAUUACAAAAAUUUUUCAUUAUACACCAUUAAAUAGUCUCUCUCUAUUUGUUAUUGGUUGUUGUCCAGGUAGUGGUGCUUCAAAUCAAUGGACGGUUCUGUUUGAUGGCGAUGUUAACUUAUCUGCCAUAAUGUCAUUUGUUUCGACUACUGCAUCAUUUAUAAUGAUGCCUCUCUAUUUUUAUACAAUAGGUAGACUUUUUAUGGAUGAACUUUCAAUAAAAGUUCCAUUUUUGGGUCUUGCACGUUCAUUAGCACUUGUUGUUGUACCAUAUAGUAUUGGUAUUACUAUAAGUUAUUUUUAUCCUAAGUCACGUCCAUUAAUAAAACGAAUUAUGAAACCAAUGAUGAUAUUUUUGUUAUUAUUUUUUAUUAUAUUUAGUUUAGUUGUUAAUUGGUAUCUGUUUAAAAUGGUUGAUUUACAUACAGCAUUAACAGCACCAUUAUUACCAUUUACAGGUUUUUUACUUGGUGCUACCUUAGCUUGGAUAUGUCGUGUAGAAUGGGCACACGUAAAAACAGUUGGUAUUGAAGCUGGAAUACAGAAUGUUAGCAUUGCAUUUAUGAUUAUAAUGCAUUCAUUUCCACAACCAUAUGCAACACAAGGUAUCAUUGUGCCAAUGAUUGUUGCUCUUCUAACAACACCACCGUUUUGGAUUAUUUUAAUAAUACGAAAUCAAAUAAGAAAAUAUAAACAACUAAAACAACAAACAAAAAAAUUAAGUAUUGUUGGAGAUAUAAAUGCUAACAAUGAUAAAUCAACAUUGAAUAAUGAAGAAAAUUAUAAGAAAGAAAAUGACAUUGAAGUCAUGCAGCAAUUAUAA